CUUUUAGCCAAAACCACGCCCACUUACAGAUCAACCAGCCAAUCGGCUCGCGGAUAUGCAAAUGAGCUCGCGGCACCGCAUCGUCCCUGCCUAGUCGGUGACGUCACCCGCACAUCUCUCUGUCUGGCUGUGGAAAGACUCAGACAGAAGCAACAGAGGAGCUGAGGGAGCCAGCCGGGGAGGGGCCCUUUGUCAGGAAGGAAUAUUAUUACUAUCCACCGCCGGCUCUGGAAUAAACACGCUUUUCUUCUCCGUCUUCCCCUUCAACAGCACAGCCCGGGUCGGCUCGGACCCGGAUACCACAUCUAGCGGGAAAACAAAGGGGCUGGAUGGUUUUUGUAGCUCCUUGUACUGUUUUUCUCCCCUCCCCAGCCGCACUGAUUUAUUUGCACUGACCAGUUGUCUUUGAGAACCGGGUCCGGUGCCUCUCCCCUCCUCCUGCCCUCUCCUUUCUUUCUUCCUUCUCCACCUCCUUCCCUUCGCCUUUUAUCCGAUCCCUCAAAGUCUCAAAGAUGCCCAGCUCGCUUUUCGCCGACAGCAGCAGCGUCCAGGGGGACGCACUGGACGACCAGAGAGCCCUGCAGAUCGCCCUGGAUCAACUCUCUCUUCUCGGCUUGGACAACGACGAGAACUCCCUGUACGACAACCAGGAGCCCCGGAAAAAGAGCGUCAACAUGACGGAAUGCGUCCCGGUUCCCAGCUCGGAGCAUGUGGCUGAGAUUGUGGGCCGACAGGGUUGCAAGAUCAAAGCGCUGCGAGCAAAGACCAACACCUACAUCAAGACCCCGGUUCGAGGCGAGGAGCCUGUGUUUGUGGUGACGGGCAGGAGGGAGGAUGUGGCCAUGGCCAGGAGGGAGAUCAUCUCUGCCGCUGAGCACUUCUCCAUGAUAAGAGCCUCCAGGAACAAAAACACCAGCCUGAAUGGGAGCGGCACCCCAGUCCCUGGACCACCUAACCUGCCUGGACAGACCACCAUCCAGGUGCGGGUGCCUUACCGAGUGGUGGGGCUGGUUGUAGGCCCCAAGGGUGCUACCAUCAAGCGCAUCCAGCAGCAGACCCACACCUACAUCGUGACACCCAGCCGAGACAAGGAGCCGGUGUUUGAAGUGACGGGGAUGCCGGAGAACGUGGACCGAGCUCGUGAAGAGAUCGAAGCCCAUAUCGCCAUGAGGACAGGAGGCCUUAUUGAGCUUCAGGAUGAGAAUGACUUCCACGCUAACGGUACUGAUGUGGGUUUUGAUCUACACGGGCACGCUACCUUGUGGUCCAAGCCCAGUGCGGGGAUGACCCCCACCUCAGUGCGUAAACCCUUCUCCAACUACCGCAACGACUCGUCCUCCUCUCUGGGCAGUGCCUCCACUGAUUCCUACUUUGGUAACAACGGCUCGCGUAUGGCUGACUACAGCCCCCCCAGCCCCGCUCUAAGCUACACCACCACCAAUAACAACGGCAACAACAAUAACAAUAACAUUAACGUCAACACCAACGGCAAUGGGUUUGUUUACGGAAGUGAGGUGAUCUCACCUGACUGCACUGAUCUGACUUUUGACUCCUCGUCUGGCUUCGACUCUGCUAGCACCCCGCCGGGCCUCCUGUGGUCCCAGUACGACAGCCGCAUGACCCCCUCCUCCACCGGAGGCAGCUCCCCCACCUCCACCUCAGCCAUAUUCCCCACCAACAACUCCACUAAUGCCAAUGGCAUCGUGAACCAGAGAAGGGUUAACGGUUGUACCCCCCAGCCCAGACUGUCCCCCCCCCUCCACAGCCACAACGGAGGUCCAAGCGAGCACCCUUUAGCCCGAAGAGUGCGCAGCGACCCCGGCGGAGGCGCGCUCAGUUUCCCUGGUUACUCCAGCACUAUCGCCUCCCUGCCGGGCCCUCACCUCCCUGGAGUCUCAUGCGACUCCUCCGCCUCGUCAUCUUCUUCCUCUUCCUCCUCCUCCACCUCCUCCAGCACCAGCCGAAAAGGCAGCCGUGACUGUUCGGUGUGCUUCGAGAGUGAGGUCAUCGCCGCCCUGGUCCCCUGUGGGCACAACCUCUUCUGUAUGGAAUGUGCCAAUCGUAUCUGUGAGAGGAGCGAACCCAAAUGCCCUGUCUGCCACACCGGCGUCACUCAGGCAAUACGUAUAUUUUCAUAAAAAGUGUAACUCUUGUCUUGCCAGUGAGACAGGCUACGAUAGCAACAAAUAGACUCCUCAUACCGCUUUAAUGAGAUCACCAACCAUCAGUUUGGAAAGUGUACAUAGAUAUACAUAUGUAUGUAAGAGGCUGCAGUAUCCAGAAGAAGGGACAGACGCCCCUUUGGGAUCUGUCGUACUUGUUAAUAAUAUACUGUAGCUUGGGGAAAUAUUUUCAACAUCUAAGUGCAUGUUUUAAAUAUUACAACAUAGUAAUCAAUAGUUCUAGUAAAUUGUACCCUAUAUUUAUGAAGUGAAGAGAUACAGUGGGGUCAGGAUGGAGGUACGUGGGUCAAACUGUAGACUGUUAGCUGGCGGAGCCCUCCAGUUUUGCUGAUCGAAUGUAGUAAGAGGAGAGGCCAUGGCUGGGAAACACGGAGGGCUUCUAGCCAAACAGAACUAUUGACUUUGACUAAGAUACUGCAGCUCAAAGUCAGAAACCACAUGAGGAAGAGCAACAACAUAUCCUACAUAUAUAUGUAUAGAAUCAAUUUCCACAAGUUGAAAGUUUUAAAUGACAUUAAUACAGAUUGAAGUAUUUUAUUCUUUUUUGACUUGAAAGAUUAUAUUUCUUAUUGCAAAGAUGUUUACAGAUAUUUUAAUUUAAGUUCAGUGAACUUUUUGUAGCUGGGUUGAAAUAUUGUUUAUUUUUUAGUAUGGCCUAUGGCAUUGAUCACUGUAUUAUUUUAAUAUCACACGACUGUGGGAUGAAAUCCAAGUCCACAAAAUGUGUAUUGCAUUUGACAGUAUUCUGUUGGGAUGGAGUUUUUAUAGGUUCAGCAAAAAAUGUUUAAAUCUGCUUCACCCAGCAUAUUUUUUAUUCAGUGAUAUAAAGCAUAUUUUAUUCUAUAUUAUUAUGAAACAUUGAAAUGUAUAAAA